UGGCGCGAAGCUUCCUUUCUCUGUGCGCCUCUCUUUCCUUCCUCGGCCGCCAUCUUGUUCUCACCGCGUGUUGGGCUGCGGGGGAUCCGCCGGGCUCAGACGCAGCACUAUGAACCAAGAAAAACUGGCCAAGCUUCAAGCGCAGGUCCGAAUAGGAGGAAAGGGAACAGCUCGCAGAAAGAAGAAGGUGGUGCACAGAACAGCUACAGCUGAUGACAAAAAACUUCAGAGUUCUCUCAAAAAACUGGCAGUAAAUAACAUUGCUGGAAUUGAAGAGGUACGGUGA